AUGUCCUCUCAGGCGACUAUACCCGAAGGUGAGCGAAAGAAAGCCAACGUGGCACGAGACGCGAACGCCGCUGAGCGCGUAGCAGGUUUCAAGGUUGGGGAUAAAGUCAAAAUGAAAGUCAUAGAAUCUCUGGAAGAUGGUAGUACACGAACUAGCUUCAGAACGUUCACAAUUUCUACUGCGCACGACAAUGGUCUUCGAUGGGUUUACCAGCUUAGCAACUCUGAGGGCUCGUUGCACGAAGAUGGCGCCCGGUUCCCCGAAACAGAACUGAAGGCCGCUUGA